AUAAUUUCCUCAUGCUCGUAGUCUCGUAGAACAGUACUUGGAAAAGAAUUAAAGAAAACAGCGAAAAGGGUGCUACUUUAUUUGCUGUAUGCAUAUAUAGUUAGCACCAGAGGCAGGAAUCUGAGAGUUUUUCUCCGGAUAGAGUUUCGCUUUUUACAUCUCUCUCAGGGUUCUACUCUUUUCAAGGGGAAAAAACAUUUACAGAAUGACGAAAUGAAUCUUUAAGAUCUGGAAGUGAUUGGAGAAAACUUGAAAAAGCUACAAUGGAUGGUGUGGUUCAGCUGCAGAAGCAGUUGGUUGACUACAUAGCCUCACUCUUUCAUGAGGGAUUUCUGGAUGAGCAGUUUAACCAGCUUCAGCAAUUGCAAGAUGAGAGCAACCCAGAUUUUGUGGUGGAAGUGGUAUCUCUCUUCUUUGAGGAUUCUGAGAGGCUUCUCAAUGAACUGGCCAAAGCUCUAGAGCAGAAGACUAUUGAUUUUAGAAAGGUGGAUGCCCAUGUUCACCAGUUCAAGGGCAGCAGCUCCAGUAUUGGCGCACAUAGGGUUCAGAAAGUCUGCAUUGCCUUCCGGAAUUACUGCGAGGAGCAGAAUGUUGAAGGGUGUCUCAAAUGUCUGCAACAAGUAAAGCAUGAGUAUUCCCUUGUGAGAAACAAGCUUGAAACUCUGUUCCAGCUUGAGAAACAGAUUAUUGCUGCCGGUGGUUCACUUCCGGCCACAUAGUGAGAUCAAGUACCAAAGCUAGCUAGCUAUAUCUCUCAACGAGAGCCCAAUAUUGGAGUUUUAAAUUUGUAGAAAGUUGUUCAUUUCUUUCGUCUUAAGUUUUCUGCAAGUCUAAGAUCAUUCUGAAGGGUUAAUCCAUGAGCUCACCGGGGAGUACUGGAAGGCUUAUCAUGAAUUACUUGAGAUUAUAUAUGGAGUGAACAAAGAAUGUGAAUAAACCCUUUCUAUUUCGUCUCCAAAUUCUUCUUCAUCUUGAUCUUCUUCUAGUAAUCAUUUAAUGUCGACAAAAAUAAAUAGCCUUAAAAAGGACUACUGUUAUGCUCACUGCAGCCCUUGUCAGACAUUCCACUGGAUUAUGUGGUACGUAACUAGUUCAUGAAAAGAACCAUGUAUGCAACCUGGAAAUCCCAUAUAUAUCAUAUAUAUACACGUAUGUGUGUGUGUGUGUGUGUUGAGGCGUCCUCUCUGUCAUAUAAUUAUAAGCUAGCUAGCUGCACAUUCAACGCAAAUGUACCUUUUACAUCUGAAAACUGCAGCGACCUUGAGCUAGCUACUCUUUGGUUGAUGCGCGAUCUCACAUAAUAUACAUAUAACAUGAGUACGUAGUACUUCUUUUGGUUCCAA